UACGUGGUGUCAUUUUGCAACGUAUAGGUAGCGGGUUACAAAAGAGUGUUUCUUAUACAACUCACUGAAACGUGUUGUCGUAGCGCCUUUGAUAUUUUUUGCAAGCUUUUCGGCUGGGAUGGCGCAUGUAUGCAUCCACUGGUUCCGAAAGGGACUCCGUCUCCACGACAAUCCCGCCCUGAUGUCGGCUCUGAGGGGAUGUAAGGAGAUCUAUCCUCUGUUCAUCCUGGACCCCUGCAUCCACAACAAAGAGAGCAUGGGGGUCAACCCCUGGAGGUUCCUCAUGGGGUCCCUCCAGGACCUCGACGGCAGUCUGAGGAAACUCAACUUAAGGCUUUUUGUGGUGAGGGGCAAGCCGCAGGACAUCCUCCCCCAGCUCUUCCAGAAGUGGGGCGUAUCGCGGAUGACCUAUGAGUACGAUACAGAGCCCUACAGCCGCAGCAGGGACCUGAAGGUGUCCGAGCUGGCCAAGGAGCACGGCGUGGAGGUCGUCUACAAGAUCUCCCACACGCUGCAUGACGUCGACCGGAUCAUCGAGGAGAACAACGGGAAGGCCCCCCUGACCUACGGCCGUUUCCAGACUGUUCUGAAGACCCUGGGACCCCCCAAGAGACCAAUACCUUCUCCGACUGUUGAAAACAUAAAGGAUGUGAAAGCACCGUGUGUGGAGAGCCAUGAGGAGCAGCAGUAUGGGCUGCCCUCCCUGGAGGAGCUGGGACAUGACCUGUCCUGCCUGCAGGAAGCACAGUUUCCUGGUGGAGAGGAGGAGGCUCUGAGGAGGCUGGAGGAAAGCAUGGAGAGAACGGGGUGGGUGUGCAGCUUUGAGAAGCCUCAGACCGCACCCAAUUCACUCAGCCCCAGCACCACCGUCCUCAGCCCCUACCUCACCUUCGGGUGCCUGUCUGCGCGCACCUUCUGGUGGAGACUGGCUGACGUCUACCAAGGGAAGAAGCAUUCGGCUCCACCUGUGUCCCUGCACGGUCAGCUGCUGUGGAGAGAGUUCUUCUACACAGCCAGCGUAGGGGUCCCCAACUUCGACCGCAUGCUGGACAACCCAGUGUGCACCCAGAUCGACUGGGACACCAACCCAGAGUAUCUGAGCGCCUGGAAAGAGGCUCGUACUGGCUUCCCCUUCAUCGACGCCAUCAUGACCCAGCUGCGGCGGGAGGGCUGGAUCCACCACCUGGCGCGGCACGCCGUGGCCUGCUUCCUCACCAGGGGAGACCUCUGGAUCAGCUGGGAGGAGGGCAAGAAGGUGUUUGAGGGGCUACUGUUGGACGGAGACUGGGCUCUGAAUGCAGGGAACUGGCUGUGGCUGUCGGCCAGCGCCUUCUUCCACCAGUACUUCAGGGUCUACUCCCCCAUCGCUUUUGGAAAGAAGACUGAUAAACACGGAGAAUACAUUAAGAAAUAUCUACCGGUGUUGAAGAAGUUCCCUGUUGAGUACAUAUACGAACCAUGGAAGGCACCCCUUAGUGUUCAGAAGGCGGCGGGGUGCAUUGUGGGUAAAGACUACCCCUCUCCAAUAGUAGAGCACGAAGUAAUUAGCAAACAGAACAUCCAGCGCAUGAAAACAUCGUAUGGGAAGAGAUCUCAGGGAGUCUCCGAAUCGCCACAACCAAUGAAAGCUGGGAAGCGCAAGGGACCGUCUGUCUUGGACAUGCUGAAGAAUAAGAAGAAGAAAUAAUAUAACAAUCCUGCAUCUGUUCUGUUUCAGUAUCACUUGUAUUAUAUUGUCGGGGGCAUAGAAUUGAUUAUGCAUAGUUCUGUUUAUAUGAACACAUUAUUAAAACAAUAUUUUUUUACAUGCCUUCAACAAUCUUUUCAUCUGAAUGACAAAACAUGAUUAGUUAAUAUUAGUCAACCAUCCUAUAUCUAACGAAAGAUACUGUACUACUUUUAUCGUUUUGAAUAAUAAAAAAUUGCAUUGGAA